GUUAAGUUGUACUCCUGUCUUUCUCUGUCCUCUCUCUCUCUGCCUCUCCAAAUUUCUCGAUCGAUCGGAUUCCCCGAUCUAAUUUUCAACUCCCUGCAAAUUAGUGUUCGGAAAAGAUGUCAACUCCAUUCAGCGGCGAUGAAACUGCUCCCUUCUUCGGCUUCCUCGGCGCCGCUGCUGCACUCGUUUUCUCAUGCAUGGGUGCCGCGUAUGGAACGGCGAAGAGUGGCGUAGGGGUGGCGUCGAUGGGUGUGAUGAGGCCAGAGCUUGUAAUGAAAUCGAUCGUGCCCGUUGUUAUGGCGGGAGUUUUGGGUAUUUACGGUUUGAUUAUUGCGGUUAUAAUCAGUACUGGUAUUAACCCUAAGGCCAAGUCCUAUUACCUUUUUGAUGGAUAUGCUCACUUGUCCUCGGGUCUUGCUUGUGGCCUUGCGGGUCUUUCUGCCGGUAUGGCUAUUGGUAUUGUUGGCGAUGCUGGUGUGAGAGCUAAUGCACAGCAGCCUAAGCUUUUUGUUGGAAUGAUUUUGAUUCUCAUCUUUGCUGAGGCAUUGGCUUUGUAUGGCCUCAUUGUGGGCAUCAUCCUUUCUUCUCGGGCUGGUCAAUCCAGAGCAGAAUAAGGUGCAGGAUUCUGAUCUAUGGGCUGUUGGAACACUUUUGUAUUCUGGUUGGUGAUGCUCUUGUAGAGCAGGAGAUGUUAAAUUAAAUUGUUUGUAAUUUAGAUGGUUACCCUACUUGUGGUUGGGUGGUUCUUGCUGAUAUUCUGAUUAGGAUCAAGUUUUUUCUCCCUCCUUGAAAUAAAUUUGUUGAAGCUGUUUCUUUCUAUAUUGUGCUAUUUUACAUGUAGGUUCCAACUAAUGUGAAAGAUGGUAUUACCAUCACCAAUUUGAACCCUAA